AUGAGGCUAACUGUUGGAAGCGAUGCAUCUGCUGUUGACAAAAUAAGAGGUUUUUCAAACUGGCUUUUGGACAUAGGAGAAGAUAAGCUUGGUGGUCUGAAUGAUGGUGAAGCAAUUGUGGAUAUUCCACAAGAUAUUCUUAUUAAUGAUCCAUGUGAUUCUAUAGGUUCAUUAAUCAAGUUUGUAUAUCCUUCAAUUGUGGAAAACUUCAACAUUGCAGGUUAUUUUCAGGAAAGAGCAAUACUUUCUCCCAAAAAUGAAGUUGUCCAAGAAAUAAAUGAUCGUUUGCUAAAAUUGAUUCCAGGAGAGGAAAAAGAAUACUUAAGUUCAGAUAGCCUCUACCAAUCCGAGUUUGUUCAUAAUCAGGUUGAUUGUAAUUUAUAUUCACCUUAUGUUUUAAAUGGUCUUAAACUAUCAGGUAUGCCAAACCAUAAGCUCAUUUUUAAAGUCGGUGUUCCAAUUAUGCUAUUGAGAAACAUUGAUCAGAAAAAUGGUUUAUGCAAUGGCACUAGACUACAAGUCAAAUCUUUGGGCAAACGUGUUAUUGAGGCAGUCAUCAUAUCUCCCUACCUAAUAAAAGAGUAG